AUGAAUCCAAAUGAUAGAAAAAAGGUGGAAUAUUUGGAGGACCAGCAAUUUGCCUACUGGUUAAGAAAGCGGGAUGAUUUAAAAAAGAAGAAAAAGAAGAAAGCGGAGAAGCCUCUAGUUCGACUCUUGCCUUUGAUCGAAGCUCUCAGAAAUAAUCGAUUUAUAAAUUUCCAAAAGCUCUACGUAUGGAGCGUUUAUUUACAACAUAAUGAUAUGAUGUGCCUUGGAGAUAUGCUCGCUAAAGGAAAUUAUCAAAUAGCUCUAAUCGAUUUGACUGAUUGUUUUUUGGAUUCAAAAGCACUUAGUCCUUUCGCUCCUUAUGUCAACUACACAAAAACAUUACGAGAAUUAGUCCUUGAUUUCAAUGAAUUUGGUGAUUCUGGUUGUCAGACGCUCUAUGAAGGGUUAAAAUUCUGCCGUUGGCUUGUUCGGCUCAGUUUGUGCUUCUGCGGCCUGAAUAAGCAAAGUGGUGUUUGGCUAGGAAAUCUCGUCGCAAAUACGUCAAUCAGAGAGUUAUAUUUGGAUGGUAAUAACUUGGAGGCUGAUGGCGUUUCGGAUUUACUUUAUAAGUUAUCAGAAGCGGCAUAUUUUGAAGCACAGGAGCGUGAGAGGUUGAAGGCCGAAAAAAUAGCAGCUGCUGAAGCCGCAGAGGCGAAAAAGCGGAUUGAUCUAGACGCUCUCCCUCCUGAACAAUCAGACGCUCCGACGCCCGGGGAGACAACAACUGAAGCAGAGGAGACACCUAAAACCCACACUGAAAGCGAGAAACGCAAAUCAAUAAGAAAGAAGAAAAAGCAACCACCUUGCGGACCUCAGAUAACUCACCUUCAUUUGGCCGAAAAUAAUAUCAAUAACCUUGGUCGUGGAGGUAGUCUUGCACCACCUCGCUGCAUGCAAUACCUUAAAACGCAAGUUUUAAUGAACUUUAACUUGUUCUUCCAAUAUGGGAUAAUAGCCUUCUCCAAGGACCUACAAGAGGUGGAUCUCUUUGGAAACGAUAUUGGCCAAGUUGCAGGCCGCAUAAUUCUGGAGGGUAUCCUAGAAAGAAAAGACAAUAAGCUACCUCGUAUCGGAAUGCGAGUAAGCCAUCUGAUCAACCAGGACACAUUCGAUAUGAUUCGGAAAUUGGCACCAAAACCCAAAGGGAAGAGAAGGAAGUAG